CACAAAAAAGAAAGGAACUGUUCUUUCUGCCCACCAAGUUGGCUGUCAUUCAAUUCAAAGUGCUACCUCUUCUCUACUGAUAAACUAAGCUGGAAUGCCAGUCGUGAAAACUGCAGCUCAAAAGGAGGGAUUCUGGUGAAGAUAGACAAUGAGAAAGAGCAGAUUUUCCUAAAUAGUUGGAUUCAUAUGAACGGAGACUCAGAGUUAUACUGGAUUGGACUGACUGAUGAGGAGAAAGAAGGUGACUUCCGCUGGGUGGAUAACAGCUUACUAGAUAAUAAAACAAGAUUAUGGGCCUCUGGGCAGCCUAACAGUGGUGAUUCAGAAGACUGUGUGAAGAUUCAAGUCUCUACAUCCUGCUCUGAGAAAGCAAACUGGCAUGACUAUAAUUGUGGAGGUCUAUCAAAAUACAUUUGUGAAAGGGCAGCAACUUUACUACAUAUCUAAAUUUAAUUGACAGAUUUAAAAAUUAGUCUCACUUCAAA